UCACGGGGGAGUGGAGGCUGCUGACCACUGGGGAGAAAUCCCCCCUGGCAGGAGCUACCACACCAUGGCAGUGGAUCCCCAUCGCGCCCAAAUCUACAUCUUUGGCGGCUGUGGUACCUCCAUUCACUCCUUCACACCCAUCCUCACAAGCACCACUCCCCACUCCCUCCCACCCCAUUCCCCCAGGAGCUACCACACCAUGGCAGCGGACCCCCAUCGCACCCAAAUUCUACAUCUUCGGCGGCCGAGGCACCAUUCACUCCUUCACAACAUACCACCUCCCACCCCCCCUCUCUCCCCACCUCUUUCCUCCCAGGAGCUAUCAUACCAUGGCAGCAGAUCCCCAUCGCAGGCAAAUCUACAUCUUCGGGGCGAUCCACUGUUACACCCUCACUCGCAGCUACACUCACUCACACCCACUCCUUCAACCCCCCAUUCCUUUCCUCCCAGGAGCUACCACACCAUGGCAGCAGACACCCAUCGUACCAACAUCUACAUCUUCGGCGGCUGUGGCACCACUCACACCCUAGUGAGCUACCACACCAUGGCAGCGGACCCCCAUCGCACCCAAAUCUACAUCUCCGGCGGCUGUAUGCUCACUUUCACCCUCUCACUAAUACCCUCACACCCGCUCUGUCCCCCCAGGAGCUACCACACCAUGGCAGCGGACCCCCAUCGCUCCCAAAUCUACAUCUUCGGCGGCUGUGGCACCACCGGCCGAUUCAACGACCUCUGGGCCUACCCUGCUGGGACCUCUGUCGCUCCCACUACCACUCCCACACACAACGUCUCUCUCUUCCCCACACCACCACUCACCGCAUGGAAGCAGCUCCCCUCCCCUCCCCCUUCCAGUUCCUGUGUGCCUCGGGGAGGGCCAGGGCUGGCUGUUGCAGGGGACGCAGUGUGGGUGCUGUUUGGGUUUUCCGGCGAGCAUGAGCUUGGGGACGUGCAUAGGUUCGAUCUAGGGAAGGAGAUUUGGGAGGAGGUGCAAUUUCCUCCUGCUGCUGCUGCUGGUGCGGAUGCCGCUGGUAGCGUGGAUGCUAAUAAAGGGGACGAAGAAGCAAGAGAAUCUGUGGUUAAGCCUAUCCCAAGGAGUGUUUUUGGUGCGGUGACCGUCUCCCUCCCUGCUGCUGACGAGUCUGCUUGUAAGGAGUACAUAGUGGUGUAUGGGGGAGAGGUGGACCCAUCAGAUUUAGGUCAUUUGGGCGCAGGGAAAUUCUCGAAAGACCUCUUCCUAUUGGACGUGGAGGAAAGGAAGUGGCUCCAGGCGGCGUCGCUCGUCUCUUCUGGCGGGGAUCCGGGCGCCCGUGGCUGGUUCCCUGUUGCUCCUCUGGCUGCUGGCAUGGUGGUAUGCGGGAUUCCCUGUGCUGCUGCUGGUAGUGGUGCUGUUGCUGCUGCUGCUGCUGGUAGUGCUGCUGCUGGUGCUGCUAAGAGGUCUGCUGGCAUGGUGGUGCAUGGAGGCAACUCAGAGAGCAACGACCGCUUGGAAGAUGUGUUUGUGCUCAGACUGGCCGUGGCUUGA